GAAAAGAUUGGAACUUAAUGGCCUCCAAAAGAUGCCUUCUCUAUCAAAGGGAAACAAAAUUGGAGGAGGAAAAAGUCAUGGUUAAUGCAAGUUUACCUAAACUUGCUCCUGAAAGGAUAGCAAAAAUCUGAUAACCGAGACGACAAAGGUAAGAUUCGAUCGAACACCUUAAUUAUUUGAAUUCGGUGGUGAUUCUGUGGGUGAGAAGUCUACGAGGUUGCAGUGGUGGAGAGUCUGCUGAGCAUUGACAGUGAGAGCCAUGGCGGAAUGUUUUCUCCACUUUGUGCACUUUUUCUGCCCCACAAGCAUACCUAAAGGAGUGUUGCAUGUCUUGAAUCAAUGAAGCUUCCCAUGCAGCAUCAUCAUCAUCCUGUACGGGUCCAAUCACCGCUGCCUUAUCCACCCUUUCCAACUUGUCACACCCUCCAUCUUUUUAGCUCUUCCAGGCUUACACACGCAGCUUCACCUCUCCACAACAAAGAGCAGGCGGUGAGUGAGCUUCUCUUCUUCCUCCCCUUCAGUUGUGUCAUGUGGCCAAGACUGGUGGCGAGCAAGCUGCUCCACAGGUUGUCGAGCAGCAACUCUUCUGCUGCUGCAGACUUUCCCACCACCACCACCGCUACAUCAAACUGGGACGAGAUCAUCAACUUACAAAGAUCAUGCGACGAUGGAAAGGAAACACGAAAUUACAAGCUGUUUGCUAGUACUUGGAACGUCGGCGGCAUGGCGCCACCAUCGGAUGGUCUGAACCUGGAGGAUUGGUUGCACACAAGAAAUGCGUCCUAUAACAUCUACGUUCUCGGGUUCCAAGAGAUCGUCCCCCUCAGUGCCAAGAAUGUGUUCGGGCCGGAGAAGACCAGAGUCGCUGCAAAGUGGAACUCGCUCAUCGGAGCAGCACUGAACAGGUCCUCCUCCUUCUCGGAAGGUCGACGAGAGGCCAAGAUGGGGGAGCAGAGAGUGCAUCCAGUCGGUGAAGGCACUGCACGAAACUUCCACUGCAUCCUCAGCAAGCAGAUGGUGGGAAUCCUGGUCUCAGUCUGGGUGAGAGCCGACAUCAGCCGCUGCAUCCGCCAUGCCGGUGUCUGCUGCGUUGGCUGCGGCCUCAUGGGCUGCCUUGGGAACAAGGGUUCGAUCUCGGUGAGAUUCUGCUUGCACGAGACGAGCUUCUGCGUCGUGUGCUGCCAUUUGGCUUCAGGAGGAAAAGAAGGAGACGAGCUGCACAGGAACUCAGACGCGAUGGAGAUCUUCUCCCGGACAUGCUUCCUCCCUCAUCCUUCACUUGAUCUGCCCACGAAGAUACUAGAUCAUGAUCGGGUCAUACUGCUCGGCGAUUUGAACUACAGGGUCUCGUUGCCGGAGGCCACCACACUGUCAUUGGUGGAACAGAAGAACUGGAACGUGUUGCUGGAGAAGGAUCAGCUAAGAACAGAGGUGUCCGUGGGCCGAGUCUUCGACGGCUGGCACGAAGGCGCCAUUACCUUCUCCCCCACGUACAAGUACUACCCGAACUCCGACGAGUAUUACGGGUGCAUUCAGAGGAAGAAGGGAGAGAAGAGGCGCGUUCCAGCAUGGUGCGAUCGGAUCAUCUGGCAUGGGAAUGGCAUAAAGCAAAUACUGUACGAACGAUGCGAAUCGAAGCUCUCGGAUCAUCGUCCGGUGAGAUCCAUCUUCGGUGUAGAAGUUGAGGUGGUGACAAGCUUGACGUCUCUGACAAGCUUCUGACCGUAUGACGGGUUUCGCCGGAAGCUAACAGGAUCAGUGAUUGGACUGUGUUUCAACCUUUUCUAUUUGUAUACCACUGAUUGAGUAUCUGAUGAUCACUUCUCUUCUACAUGAGAUGAACAGAGAACAAACCUAUGCUCAUUUCAGACAGAUUUCUGUGUUCCAUAUGAAACGUAUGCAAGCCAAGGAGAUUUCAUCUCAGAGACCAAACGUAUACUCAUUUCAGACACAGAUUUCUGAGUUCCAUAUGAAACAUAUGCAUGCCAAAGAGAUUUCAACUCAGAGAACAAACGCAUACUCGUUUCAGACACAGAUUUCUGGGUUCCAUAGGAAACAUAUGCAUGCCAAAGAGAUUUCGUCUCGGAGAAGACGAUUGAGUUGGAUCUUCUGAUCCAGAUACGUAGAAGCCACAAAUUGGUCAUCUAUCUGACUAAAGGAUCAGAACAACUAUGUCCUGGUCAAAGCAAGGUAGCUGCUUCCAAUGACGAAGAUGCUGUGUGUAAUGAGGCCAAAGUUGAUGGGGGACAAGAACAAGUUGGUGGACCCUAUGACAAGAGUUUGGAUGGCACCAUUUGGGACAAGUCAACUCAUAUUAACUGCAUGAAAGCUUGGGGAGAAAAGAGGAAGCCAUGGAUUGAAAGAACAUCAAAUUAUCUGCAAGUGCUACAAUCUGAAGAAAUUGACUGUAAUUUUUGGAAAAUGCACUAAGGAGCAACAGUUGACUGAAACUUUAAGAGGAAGCACUGUUUUUGCUAAAAGGAAAAUAAACUCUGAAUAAUAAAUAUAACCCAACAAAUUUCAGAAUUUUGUU